AUGCGCAAUCGCCAAAGUCUCCAGACGUGGGUCGAGUCCAUCAGGGCCGCUGCCCAGGCAGACGAUGAAGAAUGGCGCCAAAGGCUCGCGGAGAUGGCCAACGCCCUGUCCCAUGACGCCGUGUCGCGGGAUGGAUAUGACGAAGAAAAGUGCCGCAACGUUCUUGUCAGAUACUGUGCUUACAUCCCCCGGAACUAUCAAUACCGGGACGGUGUUCAACUUGUAUUUCUGGUUCUGCGCGAACAUCUCGGGGACGAAAACCUGGACCUAGCUGGUGGUGUGCUCUACGAAUUGAUCGAAAUCGACUGCAGCUAUUCGGACGACCCAGGAGCCGAGUUUCAACGCUGGAAGCAUGAUCACCUCAACCGCCACGUGAGUCGGCCGUCCGCGAAGCCCCGUCCCGGCCACUGA